CUAUACUGAGACUUGGUUGCCAGUUAAUCCAGGAAACCCUGCAUCUGUAUUCGUCAUAAUGCUAGUGUUGUGCUUGCCGUCUUGUUAUUCACAGUAGACGUUUAACGUUUUUUGUGACUAUGUGCUUAACACUAAACACAUGCUCACUUCUGAGGCAUUUUUUAAAUACGGGUUAAUGUGAUUUCACCACACGUACCCUUUUAGCAGGAUAUGUGUUCGAAUCUGGCAACUGCGUAACCGGGACCGCUGUGGGGAUGAGCAACGGCUAACGGCUGACUGGGAGUUCUGAUUAGCCUGACGCUGAUUGUGAUGUGGGACCUUGUUUUGGUGAACCGAACCUGAAGGUACAUUUGGAAGACAGAUCCUACAAGUGCCAGGCCGUGUAGGGUUGGCAGCCGCUUUGCAACAUGUCCAAGAGCAAGAGCGCGGAAUCGGUCAAGGUGGUGGUCCGCUGUCGCCCUAUGAAUGAAAAAGAAAAGGCAGCCAAGUUUGAGAGGGUCGUCUCUGUCGACGUGAAACUGGGCCAAAUAAUUGUCAGGAACCCCAGGGAGGCUGCUGCCAAUGAACUCCCCAAAAUCUUCACUUUUGAUUCAGUAUACGACUGGAACUCUAAACAAAUAGAUCUGUAUGAUGAAACCUUCAGGCCCCUGGUGGACUCGGUUCUACUUGGGUUCAACGGGACCAUUUUCGCCUAUGGACAGACGGGCACGGGGAAAACAUACACUAUGGAGGGGGUGAGAAAUGAUCCAGAGAGGAGAGGGGUGAUCCCUAACUCAUUCGAGCACGUCUUCACUCACAUAUCCCGCUCCCAGAAUCAGCAGUACUUGGUGAGGGCAUCCUAUCUAGAAAUAUACCAGGAGGAGAUCAAAGAUCUGCUCUCCAAAGACCAGACCCGCCACCUGGAGCUCAGGGAGAGGCCUGACACGGGUGUGUUUGUUAAAGAACUUUCCGCUUUUGUCACCAAGAGUGUGCGAGAGAUUGAACAUGUCAUGAACGUGGGCAACCAGAAUCGUUCAGUGGGUGCCACCAACAUGAAUGAACACAGCUCCCGCUCUCAUGCUAUCUUCGUCAUCACCGUGGAGUGCAGUGAGCUGGGGGUGGAUGGGGAGAACCACAUCAGAGUUGGCAAACUGAACCUGGUAGAUCUAGCAGGAAGUGAGAGACAGACCAAGACUGGUGCUCAGGGGGAGCGGCUCAAAGAAGCCACGAAGAUCAACCUGUCGCUGUCUGCUCUGGGGAACGUCAUAUCAUCUCUGGUGGACGGCAGGAGCAGCCACAUCCCUUACAGAGAUUCCAAACUCACACGCCUGCUGCAGGACUCUCUGGGGGGGAAUGCCCGCACAGUCAUGGUGGCCAACAUCGGCCCCGCAUCCUAUAACGUGGAGGAGACCCUGACAACGCUGCGCUACUCCAACAGGGCGAAGAACAUUAAAAAUAAACCACGUAUCAAUGAGGACCCCAAAGAUGCCCUGCUCAGGGAGUUCCAGGAAGAGAUCGCCAAGCUGAAGGAACAGCUGGAAAAGCGCUCCGGAAAGAAGAGGAGGAGGAGGAGGAAGGGCGGGGAAGGGAGCGACGGUGAGGAUCUGGAGGAAGGAGAAACGGAGGAGGAUGAGGAAGAAGGGGAGGAUAAAGGGGAUUACUGGCGGGAGCAGCAGGAGAAGUUGGAGAGCGAGAGAAAGGCCAUCAUGGAGGAUCACAGUCUGGUGGCUGAGGAGAAACUCCGGCUGCUCAAAGAGAAAGAAAGGAAGAUGGAGGACUUGAAGAGGGAGAAGGACGCCGGAGAGAAGCUUUCAGCCAAAGUGAAGGCGAUGGAGAGUAAGCUCCUGGUGGGGGGGAAGAACAUUGUGGAUCACACCAAUGAGCAACAGAAAAUGCUGGAGCUGAAGAGGCAGGAAAUCACGGAGCAGAAACGGCGAGAGCGGGAGAUGCAGCAGCAGAUGGAGAGUCGCGACGAGGAGACUCUGGAGCUGAAGGAGACGUACAGUUCGCUGCAGCAGGAGGUCGACAUCAAAACCAAGAAACUGAAGAAGCUGUUUGCCAAGCUGCAGGCCGUGAAGGCAGAAAUCCACGACAUCCAGGAGGCACACAUCAACGAGCGGCAGGAGCUAGAACAGACUCAGAACGAGCUCACCCGAGACCUCAAACUCAAGCAUCUGAUCAUCGAGAACUUCAUUCCCUUAGAGGACAAGAACAAAAUAGUCCACAGGGCUUACUUUGAUGAGGAGGAUGAGUACUGGAAAACGAAGCCCAUCACACGUUUAGAGGAUGACCAUCAGAUGAUGACCCGGCCUCUGUCUGCAGUGGGCUACAGAAGGCCGCUCAGUCACCAUGCUCGGAAGUCCAUGAUGAUGAGGCCGGACAUGAGAUACAAAGCUGAGAACAUCAUGGUGCUGGACAUGGACCUGCCCGCUCGCACCACUAAGGAGUACCAGGAGCCCGUUAUCGCCCCCAAGGUGGCGGCGGCUCUGGAGAGUGCUCUACGGGACGAGGAUGAGAUCCAGGUGGAUGCCUCAGGCUUUCACAGCAGCUUGGGAUCAACCCCCCCCACCAGCGGCAGCCUUAAGAAACCAAAGUCUGGUCGACCUAGAACUGCAAAGAAGUCGAGCACCCCCACCUCUCCAUUCAGCCAGUCGAGUCCAGGAUCCCCGCUUUACCCACAAUCCCGUGGUCUGGUGCCCAAGUGACAUCAUCCACCGCUCACACCGCCAUCCUCUCCUGUGCACCGUUCCACUUUGGGAGAAAGAAUGACAGAAUAUGGGAUGCUGCCAAAAACUUUAGAGACUAUUGCUGCUUUGUAGGUUUUAACUGUAACCACACCACUAUGAGCUGCUGCCCCCCCCCCCCCACACACACACCUCCUGAGAGGAACAGCAGCAACGCAUGAAGCCUCACAUCACUCUAACUGCUGUAACCUCCCCUACAGACGGCUCCAUGCCUCUAUAUCAGUCACAAUGUUCUGCAGAGAGAUGAACCUGUUCUUCUGCCUACUUUCCCAGGUGUGUGUUGGGUGUUGUAGUCCUCUUACUGUACGUGUGGACAUUGGUGCAAAGCAUUGUGGGGUACAGACACAUGGCUGUGUGUGUCUGUCCACGUAUGUGUGUGUCUUUACUUGGUGUAUGCUGUGUUUCUGUUGUCAAAUCUCUGAUAAUGGAAAGUUAAGUAUGUGUUGUUCUGUCUUAAACGGACACUUCAACAUUUUAUGGGGAAAAAGGUUUAUUUACAGUCAGACGGGACAAUAAAUGAUAACAUCAGAGGCAACACGCCUGUUUUGUAGAUGGGAAAAGUCGAGAGGCAUCAAAUAUCUGUUUAUUGGAUGAAAUAAAUGUUAGUUAAUUGUUAAAUAGAAGGUUAGAGCUCAGUGCUAGCCCUUCUCUCUCUAAUCAUAAAUAAGCCGUUUGCCUAAAACGUUGGUCUGUUCCUGCUCGAUUGUAAAUGCACAGGCCGGAGAGUGAAGCACACUGCAGACAGGACCUCUGUCACUAGAUGUCAGUAGAUGCUGUUCUUCUCGGGCCACAUGAGAUAGAUGGGGUGGGGGGGUGACAUCCACACUCCCUCUGCGGACACUUUCUGAGAUUCAGGACCUGGGCUGAGCAGAUCAAGGCCAUCCCUAUCUCGGAGUGUGCCUCAAAUUCAUCAGGGUUCCACGGUGCCUUAAGUGUAUCCUUCAUCCCUGCUCCUUGUAUUUCAGGUGCACACUUUGUUCUUCUCGGCCUGUGUGUUUUUUUUAUCUACUCAUUCAUUCCAGCAUCAGGAGAUUGUUGUUAGCAUAGCAUUGGGGUGCACUCAUUAUAGAGAGACAAAGCAUUUUAAAACACAGCCUCUCCACGAUUGUGGGAGAGGGCCACAGAGGGGGCCAACCUCCCUCUGUCUGUUUUUUUUUUUUACCUCAUUUACCUUCUGUAUCGGUCUGAGGCUUCUGGCAGAACACUAAAGAUGCUUUUUACAGUACUGUGGUCGAAACACUAUGGAUGUCUUCAUGAUACACAAAUCGUUCUGUGUGUUUGCCUGCAGGCGGUUGAUGAGCAGUUUAACCUCCAGACUCUGAGGCUGCUGCUGCUGCUGUGCGGCUCACUACCCACCUCACAUUUCAACCUUUCUUUGCCGGGGUCAUAUGGCAAAUAAUCCUUUUUUAAAAAAAAAAGGAAUAGUUCACCCACAUAAUCACGAUUACGCAGGUAAAGUAUUUCUUUAAGAGCCCUCUACCCCAUCCUGGUUCUAAAAACACAAAUUUAAACUAAACAAUCUUUCUUGCCGUUUGACCUCUGCCUGCAAACCUUGUGUAUUUAGAUAUGUAAUAAUGAACAUAGACUUGUUGAUUCUGUCACUUUUGCAGAUGUAGACAAAAAAGUGCAAAAAUAGGUUCCCAUAUUGAUACAAAUCUAACUUAUAAUCUUUCAGUUUUAUAUACAGAUGUAGAUAUAAUUUUCUAUUCUUUAAAAUAGAUAUUUGUUUUAUUUUUUGAGCUUUGUAAUUUAAUGUUAAAAUUUAAUUUCUUGUGUCAUACAUGUGGCUUCUUUUGUAUUCAGCCAGGUACAGGCUUUGUUUUUCUGUGUAUACAUUUCAAAGUUCUGCAUAUGGAGAGUGAAAGAGUGGCUCAGCCUGCUUAGAACAGAUGGACACUCGUCACGGUUGCAUUUAUGUUCACUGCUCAUUUAACCUCACAAACAUAAUCAUUAGAUAAGGUCUAAGUGUUGGAACUGACAUAGCGAUGAAUGCAGUAUGCCUGCCGCAUGACUUUAGCCAGCUUGAGGAAAACCCUUUGGUUGUGCAAUUUCUUUUCAUAAUCCAUAAGAAUCCAUAGGUAAGCUGAAUGUGAAACCUGCAUCCCAUAGCUGCAUCACUGGAUCCAAACUCUGUGAGAGUGACACACUCUCUGUGCUGGGUGUUUUUAUAGGACGUGGUGCCGAGGCUCCUCUCUGAGCCGGCCAUGUCUAUACCUUGUUUAGUUUCUUCUGAUGAUUAAAGACAAUUCAAUCAUA